AUGUUUUGUUGCAGGAUGGCGUCACCCUAUAAGAUCCCCAAGAAAAAACAGCCUUCAGGCUCUGACUCCGCCCACUUGCACAUGCAGUCACCGCUGUCCCACCUCCAUAACUCCACCUCUCAACUUAAGGGUUUCGGAGGUCCGUCCAGCAGAGGCAGCUCUGACAGAAUGCAUGCUGGGAACGCUCUGGGCUCAUCCUCAGGUGGACUCAGGCUGCCAUUCAGAACUGUUGUCAAAACACUGCUGGGCAUCCACAGUCCUAAUGGAGGCGGAGCUUCAGGAGCCAAUCAUAGGUCAGCAGGAAGUAGGAGCAGCCAACCACAGCCAGAAAAGAGGAGGGAGUCGAUGUCAAACGGAUGGCGACCUAAGCGAGGGUCUGACCGGCUGCUGCAGGUUGGAGACUCCUCAGACCACCUGUCCACACCACAGAAGAAGAAAAGUCCCGACGGUUCAGGUCAGAGCUUGCUUAAUAAAAGCAUUUCGGUGGAGUCUGGGGACUCUCUGGCUGGGCUGCGCACAGAGGAGCAUGCUGGGAGUUUGAGUUCUUCAGUUUCCCAGAGGAGAUCUGAGUCUGGCAACGACAGGAAGAGCAACGCAGUAACACAGCCGAAGACAAAUUCGUCCAGCUCCGGACCAGACGAGACGUCAGAGGACGACUUUGUCUCCCUGCGCGGAACCAUCCGGAGUGCGUCGGACUCCCACGGACGCUCCUCUUCCUCCCCCAUCUCCCCGGUGAAGGUGCUGCCUUUACACAGGAAGACUCCAGAUAGAAAAAGCUGUUUGGACCUGAAGGAGGACGUGAUGGAGACACAGAGGGACCGGUGGAGACAGUUCAGAGACAGGAAGACCAGAUCGUCUGUGAAUCACCUGCGACUGAAGAAACCCAAACAGACUCCGAUUGAGCCCAUUGUGCUGUCAAGUGAAGAAGAGGAGGAGGAAGAGGUUGAGGAGCACAGAGACAAAACCAAGAAGACGACACGUUUUCCUAACGGAGCACGUCACUCUCAGUCUGCAAGCUUACUGCUCGACGCUCCGCCGCCUUCCUUCCUGCAGCUGGAGUUCUGCUCGCUCCACGCCGGUCUCAUGCAAGCUGAGGCCAACGGCCCGAUGACGAUCACUGAAAAUGAGAUCAUCGUUCCUGUGAAAGGACCAGAGGACAGCCAGGUGACGGUUGUGGCCUCUCAGCUCCGGGGUUACGGCAUUUGGGAUGGGGGCGUGGCUCGAAGCGGGACUCUUCUGGCUGCAUGGGAAGGCCCCGCCCCCUCGCUGCUCUUCCUGUGGGUGUCGGAGGCACAGGCCAACCUGCUGCAGAGGGAGCUGUCAGUAGUCCAGAGCUCGAGCGCUGCUGCUAACGCUCCUUCAUGCUCCAUCCUCCUGCUGGUGUUGAAGGAGCAGCUGCCGCAGCUACAGACUGCUCUCCUCGCCUCCAUCUUGGACAUGGAGGAGUACAAGCAGGCCCGCUCCUCCUCCUCCCCCAUCGACUGGACUGACGGGCUCCUGUUGGUACACAGUUGUCCUCCUCCUGUGGACCAGCACCUCCUCCGCCUGCUGGGACACUCAGCAAAGUCCAGCCUGUCAAGCGGCGCUCAGAGGAACUCCGCUGCCCAUCUUCAGCUGCCCUCCAGGCUGAUCCAGUACCCUCUGGUUCCGUGUAAAGGCCGGAUCACGGUGACCGAGGAGGACCUGGCCUGUCUGGACGCUGGCGAGUUUCUGAAUGACGUCAUCAUCGACUUCUACCUCAAAUAUCUCCUCCUGGAGGGUGUUGACGGCACGGUGGCUCAGAGGAGUCACGUGUUCAGCAGCUUCUUCUUCAAACAGCUGAGCAGAAGGCGGGUGGCUGGUGAGGGCGACGCCCCCUCCGUCCCCGACCGUCGCAUGAGGCAUCAGAGGGUGAAGACGUGGACGCGUCACGUGGACAUUUUCACCAAAGACUUCCUGUUUGUGCCUGUCAAUCAAGAAGCUCAUUGGUUCCUGGUGGUGGUCUGUUUUGCGGGUCUAGAGGAGGUCCGGACGGAGGAGUUCCAGCCCCGAGCAGGUGGAUCCGAGAGAGCCACAGGAAAACUGGAACUCGGCUUGAAAUCCUCGCUCCCGCCGGAGUGCACAGAGCUGGGCUGUAAGAAGAACACGGUGACCAAGAGACCAUGCAUCCUGGUCAUGGACUCUCUGAAGCUGUCGUAUCACGAGAACGUCUGCAGACUGAUCAAAGACUACCUGCAGGUGGAGUGGGAGGUACGGAGGACGACUCCUCGACUCUUCACCUCUGACAACAUGAGGAGCUGCAACUGUAGAGUUCCUCAGCAGGACAACAGCAGCGACUGUGGAGUAUACCUGCUGCAGUACGUGGAGAGCUUCCUGCAGAACCCCGUGGUGCACUUUGACCUCCCGCUUCGAUUGGAAAGCUGGUUCCCGCGGCAACAAGUGCGACAGAAGCGUGAGGAGAUUCGGAGUCUGAUCCUGAGACUUCACCGGAGUCAGACGAACAAAAAUAAAACCAAAACGCCUCUUAGCCGAUGAUCC